AUGGCAUCAACAUCCCUUCUCAAGUCAUCACUAGUCCUUAACAAGUCUGAGUUUGUAAAAGGGCAGCCUCUCCGCCACCCAUCCGCUUCCAUCGUCCGCUGCCAACCAGUUUCGACCUCCGCCUUCACAGUUCGGGCUACCUCUUAUGCUGAUGAACUUGUCAAGACUGCGAAAACUGUUGCAUCACCUGGCCGUGGGAUAUUGGCCAUGGAUGAAUCAAACGCUACCUGCGGGAAGCGUCUAGCCUCCAUUGGGCUCGAAAACACUGAGGCUAACCGUCAGGCAUACCGAACCCUGCUCGUAACAGCUCCAGGACUCGGCCAAUACAUCUCAGGUGCCAUUCUUUUUGAGGAAACGCUCUACCAAUCCACCACCGAUGGAAAGAAGAUGGUCGAUGUACUCGUUGGGCAGGGAAUUGUUCCCGGGAUCAAAGUUGACAAAGGUCUCGUUCCCUUGGCUGGUUCGAACAAUGAAUCUUGGUGCCAAGGUCUUGAUGGGCUCGCCUCUCGUUCUGCUGCUUAUUACCAGCAGGGUGCCCGCUUUGCCAAAUGGCGUACCGUUGUAAGCAUUCCCAAUGGUCCGUCUGCACUUGCAAUGAAGGAAGCAGCCUGGGGUCUUGCUCGAUAUGCUGCCAUUUCCCAAGACAACGGUUUGGUGCCCAUUGUUGAGCCUGAGAUCUUGCUUGAUGGUGAACAUGGGAUUGAUAGGACAUUUGAGGUUGCUCAAAAGGUGUGGGCCGAGGUUUUCUUCUACCUAGCUGAGAACAAUGUCAUGUUUGAAGGUAUUCUCUUAAAGCCCAGCAUGGUUACUCCUGGAGCAGAGAGCAAGGAUAAGGCCACACCACAACAGGUUGCUGAAUACACCCUCAGCCUCCUCAAGAGAAGAAUCCCUCCAGCAGUCCCCGGAAUCAUGUUCUUGUCUGGUGGGCAAUCUGAAGUGGAAGCCACACUUAACUUGAAUGCAAUGAACCAAGCUCCAAACCCAUGGCACGUGUCAUUCUCGUAUGCACGAGCCCUUCAAAACACAUGCCUCAAGACCUGGGGAGGAAGACCAGAGAAUGUGAAGGCAGCACAGGACACUUUGCUUAUUCGAGCAAAGGCCAACUCUCUUGCUCAACUUGGCAAAUACACCGGUGAGGGAGAGUCCGAAGAUGCCAAGAAAGGAAUGUUUGUCAAGGGAUAUGUCUACUAA